AUGAGGCCAAAUUACUAUAUUACCCCAAUGACGACUGUUCUCUGCCCGGGUCGUUUCAUUCUCUGCUUCCCUCGUUUCACUCUUUGGCGAAAUAAAAUUAGGGUUGGCGGCAAUCUCGCCUCUCUUUCCCAACGUUUCCCGAAUUGGUCACUGACUAGACUUUGCUCGAACUCAAUGAAUCAUCUCACAUCUGAUGCGGCGGAUGAGGCGGCCAAUUCUCAGAAUGAUGCCGCUGAUUUGAAAGGCGAAAAGUCGGAGGACGUGGUGGUGCAGUACGUGGUGUUGCGGCGAGACGUAAUUGAAACAUGGCCGCUGGGGAGCGUGGUGACUCAGGGAUGCCAUGCCUCUGUUAGUGCAGUUUGGGCCAACAAAGAAGAUCCUGACACUCUUCAAUAUUGUAGCCCUGAAAACAUCGAUUCAAUGCAUAAGGUUACUCUUGAAGUGAAAGGAGAAGCACAGUUGUUGAACUUGUCAGAGAAGCUCAGCGCUGGAGGCAUUGCUCAUAAGCUGUGGAUUGAACAACCCGAAAAUAUUCCUACCUGCCUUGCAACCAAGCCUUAUCCCAAAUCAAUUGUGGCAUUGUUUUUCAAGAAGUUGAAACUUUGCAAGUGAUUUUCUCUUUAGUUGAACCGAUUGUGAGCCUCGAAAUCGAAUAGAGGUGAUGAAAUUUUCAGCUUUGGCUGCUUUCUGCUCUUUGUACUGUGACUAUCGAGUUCUUGAUUUCUAAGAUUAAAUUAUGCUACUUAUUAUAUCCAAA